UAACCUGACAUGUUUUAGUUAAAGAAUGGUAUUAUACAUCCUAGCGUGGGCACACCCAAUAUGAUUUUUCUGGGUCCGCCACUGUCCCUAAUAGACAAAUAUCAAUGUCUUUAGUACUCUCACAUCCUUCUUGGAGUUUGUGUGGAAGCCACCUCUUCAUUUAGGGGUGGUUUUAUCAUCUCUCACCUCACUUCUCUCCUCCACCUCAUCACCUAAUUCUAUGUGUUAUUUCUAGAGGUAGCAUAUGAAGCAUUAUAGUAAUUGCCCUUACAGUACUGUAGUUUUAAAGGGGUCCACAAAAUACAGAAGUCCCUUCUCUCCUCUUUCUGAAUUCUGAUGGGCUAGCCGAUGGCCUGCUGUAGGUGAACUGGGCCGCACGGUGUGCGAGUAAAGGAAGAAAGAUGCACGUGUGCCGUUGGAUGAAUUGGUCGCCAGAGAUGAAGCGAACUGCAAAACCGUGACUUUCCACGCAUCGUCGUCGUCGGCUCGUUGCGGCAUUUUGUCGAACGGGUGGCGCGCGCCGCCCAAAACCCCCUCGGCUCCAGCCUCAUCCAAAACCCUACUCCCCCCGCCCCGCGCUAUGCUCCACUCCGGCCUCACCAAAUCCCAGCCCCUCCCGCUCCUCGCGGCGGCGUCCUCGCCGCGACGCAUCCUCCUCGCCGGCCUUCUCCGCGCAGCGUGCUUCUCCAGGCCCACGGCCUCCUCGCCCGCGCUUCAUCCGGUAACCACCGUCACCAACCGUGCGAGCGCCAGAGCCGCGGUUAGCCCGGGCGGCCCCUCGCAGCUGGGGCUGGGAGGUAGGGUUUCGUUCUCCACCGCACCUGAUGGUACCGCAUCGCCCGACGGCGGGAGCGCGCUCCCUUGGCUCGCCGCCGCGAGCCGCGAUGGCGGCGCCGCCCCCGCGGCGAGGGCUAGCGCCGGCCGCUCCUCCUCGUGGGAGACCUCCGCGGAGAAGUUUUUCUCCAGAGGCGACCAAAGCCCGCGAGGUGAGGUAUUGACGGAUCGUGGUUCGGGCAGGGAGAUAAUUAGAGAGGAAGAGGAUAAUGGCUCGAUUGACAAUCCGAAGUGGGGCAGGAUCAAGGACAAGUAUCGGCGGAUGGUGCCGAGGGAUAGAGGGUCCCGUGGUGAGAGAUUUAGAGGGGAGAGAUUUGACAAGCCGGAGGUUAGGCAGUGGAGCAGGCAGGAGAACUGGGGGAGGAAGACAUGGAAGGAGGCAGGGGAAUCGACAGUGCCAAAAAUGGUUGGACAGGGGGUUUAUGGGGUUGGCCCUGUGCUUGCAGCUCUCAUGGCUGAGAGGAGGGACUUCUAUGCGCUGUAUAUUCAGGAAGGGAUGGAUUUUAGUGUGAGCAACAAGAAGAAGAAGGACAAGAAAGGGAUUGAGAAAGUGUUGCAACUGGCAGAGAGGAUUGGGCUGAAAGUCAUCGAAGCAUCAAAGCAUGACCUUAACAUGGUUGUGGAUAACCGUCCACACCAGGGCCUUGUACUCGAUGCAUCACCCUUGGAAAUGGUGAAUACUAAAGAGUUGGAGCCAGUCAGGGUGGACGAUGGAAAGGCACCUGUCUGGAUAGCUUUGGAUGAGGUCAUGGAUCCUCAGAACCUAGGAGCCAUAAUUAGAUCUGCCUACUUCUUUGGCGCGGAAGGUGUUGUGUUAUGUGCUAAGAACUCUGCUCCAUUAAGUGGUGUAGUGAGCAAAGCUAGUGCAGGCUCACUUGAGUUGAUCGAACUGCUCUCCUGUAGGAACAUGAUGCAGUUUUUAUCUUCAUCGGCUGAAAAUGGGUGGCGAGUUCUUGGUGGUACUGUUGCUCCUAAAGCUAUACCUCUAUCUGAAGUUGUGCCAGGAGAACCAACAAUCCUUGUGUUGGGUAGUGAAGGCACUGGUUUGAGGCCCCUGGUUGAGCGAUCCUGCACACAUUUGGUCAGAAUUCCGGGUAAUGUUGAUGGAUCUUUUGUAGGAGCAGAUACAGACACAGAUGGAGGGGAAGAAGGUGAUAAUUAUUCAGGUAACCAAGAUAUGAAAUCAUUCCUUGCAGUGGAGAGCUUGAAUGUAAGUGUCGCAGCAGGGGUUUUGCUUUAUCAUCUGGCUGGAACAAAUGCAUCCCCUGAUGGAGGACGUUGGUGAUUUACAAGUUGCUGAAAAUUAGGAUUUAGAGGAAAAAAUAUGUGAAUUGGAAGUCAAAUAGAACCAUCUGGACAGAAUCUGGUCCUGCUAUUUACCGUCUCCUGGCUGGCGUUCUUUUCCAUCUUCUGGAAAUCUGAUUUUUAUGAUUGUCCCCUUGUGAUGUUUGAACUUUCAGCAUCAUCUUAGUAAAAGUUAGGAAGUGAAAGCAGAACAACAUAAUAGUUCAACAGUACCAGCCUCACAGUAAGCAAGCUACAAGACUAUAGUUUCACAUCUCUUUCAAAUGCAUUCAUACCUAGACAUGUUUUGUCGCAAAAUAUAGUCAUAUUAUUGCUCUUGCUAUUGUAGCCCAAGAUGUUCUCUUGUAAUAAUAUUACUACUCCCAUGUCACAAACUCACAAUACUUGUCACUAAACACUAUUCUUAUUCAAACUUUGACCACUUUUUUAUCGAACUUGAAAAUACUUCAAAGCUAUCAUAUUAUUGUAUUAUUGAAGUAUGUUGCAUGGCAAAUGUAAUCACAUAUCUUUUGUUGAAUAUGACCUAACAAUUUAGAAGUUCUUGGUGGUUAAAAUUUGAAUAAUGAUACUAGUCAAGGCUGAGUUGCUGACAGGUAUUUUGAAAAUGAAGGAAACUGGCCUUGUAUAUUCUUAUGACACGGGAAGGUUUACUGAUGCACAGUAGCCAUCAUGUUUUCUACUUUUCUUCUCAAAACAAAGAGCAUUGCUGAGCUGUCAACUGUAAAACACUGGUUUGACCUGAUAGAUCAUAAGUACACCAUCCUUAUACUGUUUUUCAACAAGUACUUGGCUAGAGAGUUGGAAAUAGGAACAUGAUGCCAAUACAAGACACAGAAACCCAACUUAUUACCUGAAAUGGAACAAUCCAUUACAAAUAGUUUUGGGGAAUACCCCAAAUUAUAGUUGGCAUACCUGGAUAAAGUGGGAACAAAUUUCUGCCUUAUGUUCGGUGAACACAGGUAAGAUGCAAUAUCUUUGCUGAAAGAAAAAUAAUGUUUAAAAACUAUAUAAGCACUAUUGCUGCGUCCCGAUCUUAUUUUGUAGGCUAGGUGAUGGUUGAUUAUAAGGUUGCACAUAUGCAGGAUGGUGCCCCACAUGGAGUUCUGAAUUACACAAUUUCCAAUUUGCCAUUUUAGCUAACAUUUUAUAUUUAAUUACAUUGCUUUGUGAAAUUAUAUUGCUGAUUGUGCUGUAAAGGUAUUCUUUGUGCCUGUUCUCUAAUGCAACGUAAGCAAUUGGCUCACGUCUCUUCCUAAAUGUGGCAUAUAGUGAUUUAUUUGUUUUUUAUUAGUUGGUAUAUGCAGUUCCAGAAAUAAAACCCUAAGGUGAAUUUAUUUUAUCCAUCAAGCCUACACGUAUGCGUUUUGCUGGUGCGGUUAUUUUCUUCCUCUUGAUAUCAUAAUAUUGUACAUAAUUCUUGUGUGAUCUUCUGCUAAUCUCUUAUUGAUAUUUGAUUCUGUUCAUGUGGACAUAAGAGAUGUGUUGGUAUGUUUGGGCAUAGGGAUGCAAAUCAGCAAAUGGGUUGGGUUGGACCAACCCAUGAACGCACUUACACAUCCUACAUGAUAACAUGAGUUAAUAAGCCUAAAAGUCUUGCAGAGCUAUCUGCUUAAUAACAAACAUGUGCCACUCUCCUGGGUGUUCUCUAAAAACUAAUGCAAGGUCUAUGUUUACGAGGUUAAUAACCAAACAUCUAAGAAGUGGAACAUGGGAUGAGUACCACUUUUAUCCAUAGUAGGUCAUCUAGCUAUAGCCUCAUAGGUGAGCAAAAAUAUUAUCCUUUUUUAUGCAUACUCCCUUUUGGGGCUGAAAUCUGAAGGCGACUGUCGAUGUCAGGUUAACAUUUUCCAGUGUAACUGUAGCAUCAUGAAUUAGAG